UUAUCGAUAGGUUUCAUACUUACUUACUGCUAUAUAUACAAUUAAGCAAAAAAGAAACAAAGAAAAAAUCCUCGAGAGCGGACUUGGGGAAGCGAAGGAAACUUAGGAAAGGAAGAUCCAGAGAUACGGGUUACUUAUGGAUAGUGCCGGAUUUCUCAGACGUCACCGAGAAUCCCACGUCCGUUUCCAGCCGCUCUCUUUCUUCUCCAUAUUACAUAUCCCUUCCCACUCUCUCACAGUCCGUCUCCGUCAUAUAAUAUGGCUAUGCCUCUCUUCUCUUUUCCUCACUCCGCUUGUUCCUUUUUUUCCUAAAUUCAAUGCUUAUCGCAUCUGGCCACAAAAUGGGCUUGUUCCUAUUCUUCUUUUCAAUUACUAGCAACAUAUGCGCGUCUAUUCAAUUAAUUCCCGUUUAGUUUACCGCAGGUCCGCAGUCACCCGUGGUUUCUUCUUCGUUUUCAAUUUUCUUGAUUUUUGCUCUUUGAUAAGGACUCUUGGAUAAAAAAAUACCAAGGAUUCCGUGAUUUGGUAGACAAGAAAUGGCAUCGUCAAUAGAUGAAGUGGUGGAAGAGAUUAUGCGAAUUCACCGAUCUUUGCCAAGCAGGCCGGGACUCGACGAGCUGGAGGCCGCCAAAGCCUUGAUCAGAAAUUUGGAGAAAGAGGACCAAGCGAGACUCGAUGCCAUUGCAAGACAAACCAAGAGCCCCGAUGUACCCGAGGAGCUCUUCAUCGUGUUACAAGAGAUGCAGAAGAGCUUAGUCUUUUUCCACGCCAAAGAGCAGAAGCGGGAGGCUUUGAGACUGCUCGAUCUCGAAAGCCUCCACUCUCUGUUCGACGAUUUUAUUCAGAGAGCUUCCAAGUGUCUGCCUUUCACUAAUUCUGCUGAAGGAGGCAGUUUCUAUAAUAGACCCAAGUCAUCUGCGGCUACUUCUACUUCGUCGUCGAGCUUGUACUGCACCGACAAAGAAACCUUAAUGGCUUCUAAAUUGUUCGCCAAAGAUGACAGCUAUGUGAACAAGGCUAAGUCAACAUUCUACGUGGAAGGCACUGGGAUCGGGAUUGGACCCAUUGUUUCGUCCACGACCCAGAUAUUGGAUCCUUCUCUAAAACCUCCUACCACUUCUUCAGUUCAAGAUGGAGAAAACCUGAGUUUGAUCAAGCUUGCUAGUUUAAUUGAAGUGUCUGCCAAAAAGGGUACCCGAGAUCUCAAUCUUCAGAACAAGUUGAUGGAUCAAAUUGAAUGGCUCCCCGACUCAAUUGGAAAGUUGUCGAGUUUGAUCACCCUAGAUUUAUCUGAUAAUCGGAUUGUGGCCCUACCAGACACCAUAGGAGGCCUUUCAUCCUUAACAAAGCUGGAUUUGCAUUCAAAUAGGAUCUCGGAACUCCCAGAUGCUAUUGGAGAUCUCCUUAACCUAAUCUAUCUAGACCUGAGUGGAAACCAGUUGUCAUCCCUGCCUGCUACCUUUGGCAGAUUGGUGCGUCUUCAGGAGCUUGAUUUGAGCUCAAAUCGGCUCUCUUUUCUUCCCGAGUCUAUAGGAUCACUCGUUAGCAUCAAGAAAUUGAAUGUAGAGACGAAUGAUAUUGAAGAAAUCCCACAUACUGUUGGUCGGUGUACUUCACUUAGGGAGCUUCGAGCAGAUUAUAACCGACUUAAAGCUCUUCCAGAAGCUGUAGGGAAGAUUGAGACCCUGGAGGUUUUGUCAGUCCGUUACAAUAAUAUCAAACAAUUACCCACAACAGUGUCAUCUCUCUCAAACCUGAGGGAGCUUGAUGUCAGUUUCAAUGAGCUCGAGUCAGUGCCUGAGAGCCUAUGUUUAGCUACCACGCUUGUCAAGAUGAACAUAGGAAACAAUUUUGCCGAUAUGAGAUCUCUACCAAGCUCUAUUGGGAACCUUGAGAUGCUUGAAGAAUUGGAUAUUAGCAAUAACCAGAUACGGGUUCUUCCAGGCUCUUUUAGAAUGCUCACAAGACUACGUGUACUACGUGUGGAAGAAAAUCCUCUGGAAGUUCCACCAAGACAUAUAGCUGAAAUGGGUGCACAGGCUGUUGUUCAAUACAUGGCCGACCUCUUCGAGAAAAAGGAAAAAGGAGAUGUUGCGUCACAAUCGGUUAAGCAGAAAAAGAGUUGGGCUCAGAUAUGCUUCUUUUCGAGGUCUAACAAAAGGAAGCGAAAUGGUGCAGAUUAUGUGAAAGCCUGAUUGAUUACAGUUUUGCUGACUAGAAAUAUGCAUUGGUAUUUGGGAUAUCAGCCAUUAGUAUGCUUGAUGAAAGCAGAAAUCUCAUUGCAAUGACUGCAUCUGAUAUGGGUGGGUUUUUCAAAAUGGCUUUGACUUUUUAUGUCUUCUGAGUUGUAGAUUUCUUUCCUUCUCCCAACCUGCUUUCUUUUUUUGUCAGUCAUUUUAUUUUUCGAA